UGCGGAGAAGAGUAAUUAUUUUGGUGGGAAUGUUUAUGGAGAUGAAAAUUGAAUUGAAUUACUGAAGUUCAAAGAUACUCUGAAAUAGCCAUAAGUAAAUGGAAAGUUAAGAGUAACAACUGGAAUAAAGUAAUGAAUAAAUGUAGAGUAUUUAUAGUCAUAAUCCUGUUUUCCUCGUCGUUUAUUUUCAUUCAGACAUUGAUUUAUGGAUUGCUUAACAACUGGGACUUGUUGGCUUCUUUGAAUCUAAUUGCCAUCAAGAGGAAUCAUAUAGAUGUCAAAAGAAGAAGUAAAGAUGUGAGAGAUGCUGUUUCAGAGUUUUUGAAUGCAUGUGGAAAGCUACCGUUAAAAGUUACAUUAAUUGAUCAAAAAAUACUGGGACACCUUUUGGAGAGAAUAGAAAGAUUUUCAAAGGAUGGAAGGACGGAGAAUGAUGGACAUGGAGGGUGUCAUUACUUUUGCUCUCAAAAUGUCAUCACAUUUGGGACCUUUGAGCCAACUUUUGAGGACAAAAUGCAGUGGGAAAGAUUUUCAGAGCUGGUAAGCAUAAUGAAUUUCAAAACUGAUCUACUGUCUGGUCCAGACAAAAGGCAAGCUACAUUGGAAAGUGUUGGAGAAUUUCCAAGCAUUCUGUCACAUGCAGUGUUCUAUAGAAGAAAAGUGAUAAUUCAUCUUGUAAUGUUUCAUAAUAAGAGACAUGAUCACUGGUGGUCAUCAACUUGUCAGCCUAAGAUCUCAAACAGGAGGCUAGAAUAUUAUUGGAGGUUUCUAAAGAAAUCAUCAUUUUGUACUCAAGAACAUAUUUUGCCCAGGGUCCUGUCAACAACAACUCAGUUGGAUGGUCUCAGUGUUUCUGUUCCUCUUUACAUAAAAAAAUUUGCUGGGAGAAUCAAUAAUUCUAUUUAUAUUAACUGUGAUUAUAGCAGAGCAAGGAAAUUCUAUUCAAAAUAUGGUAGAGACGAAAGCGAAGAUGCUGAAGUAUUUAGACUAAAAGCAAAGAACUUAUUAAAUCAAGUGAAAUUUGCUUUGGACCAGCUAGGUGUUCCAUUUUGGUUGAGCAGUGGGACAUGCCUUGGCUGGUUCAGGCAAUGUGACUUUAUCCCACAUAGUAAAGAUGUAGAUAUUGGAAUUUGGAUCAAGGAUUACAACCCAAAAAUUUCUGAUGCAAUGCAGAAAUCUGGUUUGGUACCAAAGCAUAUUUUUGGUAAGCUGGAAGAUAGUUUGGAGUUGUCAUUUCGCACACCCAGCAAUGACCUGAAGCUAGACAUAUUUUUCUUCUAUGAGGAAGGAGACACAAUGUGGAAUGGUGGAACCCAAGCGAAAACUGGAAAAAAAUUCAAAUAUCGUUUUCCCAAGUUUACAAUUUGCUGGACUGAAUUUGUUGAUAUUCUUGUCCGCGUUCCAUGUAAUACAAUAGAUUACAUAAAAGCUAAUUAUGGACCAUCUUGGAAUAUUUUGGUUAAAGAGUGGGACUGGAAGAAAAGCCCGUCAAAUGUUGAAGAAAACGGUCAAUGGCCGUCCGAUGAGUUGGCAAAAGUGGUACAAGUAUUUCAAUGACAGAACACAUUAUAUGAACACAAUUUUGCAGGAUCGAGGGAGCAACAAAUUUUUUAGAGGGGAAGCCAAUCAUGCAAGGCUAUAAAUUUUGUGUCUAUUGUCAAGAAUAUUUUGAAGAUAAUGGGAGGGAAAAGGCCCCUCAGCCCCAAGCCCCCUCAGCCCCAAGCCCCAAGUUCUGGUUUCCAUAACUUACACCAAUUUUCGUCUAAAUUUUGUUGGUGUAUUUUAUAAUAGGUUUUUAUAAUGCUAAUAGGUUUUUUACAUCUGUAUUUCGUCUAUGCUGAUGUUAACAAGCAAUGGCUGAAACUGCUUCCUGAUAACAAUGUGAAACUGCACAGAAUGUAAAAAAAGCUGUCAAUUUUCAAACAUGGCUAAGCAACCUUCUUGUAGACUUGAUUUUCUUUUCCUGUUAAUCUGAUUUACUUUCGGUUAAACUACUUCACCUGAUGGCAUUGGAGAUCUAUUGUUGCUAGGGGUUGAUAUGCCUUAAAUGUGAGCGGUCAAGCAUUAUUACCUCUUAAGUUUCUUUCAGUUUUCACAUGACUCAAAACCUUUUCAAAAUUUUGGCGGCAACUUCUCCUCCAUGCCCCCUUCCACUUCGGCAAAGCAGUAAGGUAAAAUUAUCACCUUGCUUGUUAAUUUUCAAUGGUUAAUUUUUCACUGAAGAAUGACAAACUUUGAGUAGACUCGCAUGUGUUUAGUCAGGAUAACAUCUUGCCGUCAUGCCAUUUAACGAUUUAUAAAUUGUUAAUGUUGUAAAGUGAUUGUUCUGGACUUCUGGACAAUAACUUAACAUAUAGGUCAAUAGAAAAUUGUAGUUGUAAUCAUCGGCCUAGCCGAUGCAAAAAUUUACAGGGGCUUAGUGUGGAUCUUUAGGGGGACAAUUGUUUUUGCUUCAUUGAGAUAAAACUGGGAGAAUGGAGCCUGAAAUGCGAUAAUUUUGCCUUAUUUAGGGGAAGGGCUACAUCCCUCCUAAUCCCUACUUCUCAUACCCCUAUGACUGUAAUUGAAUUGCUUUUUUGUUAUCUGUAAAUUUUGAUGUUAAAAGAUAGGUUUGCACACUGAUUCUAAAUCAAUCUUUGUUAUUCAAUCUAAAAUUCACACAGUUUUCACAGCUACGAUCCUGUGUUGUGUUUCUAUAAAUACUCUGAUAGCCGAAGUGACAGGAAUUUGUUUUUUUUGGGGGGGGGGAGUGAAAAUGGGG